AUGACUAGUCAAGGAAUGGAAUUCUUUCCUAAUACAUAUUAUGAUGGUAGUGCAUCGAACAAUGAUAUGUCACAGCCAUACGGUGGUCAAAUCAGUGGAAGUAUGAACAGAGGAACACCAAGUGUAGAUUCUUUUGAUGAUGAAUUGCCAUUAUUAGAAGAAUUGGGUAUCAAUUUCGAUCACAUCAAAAAGAAGACACUCUCAGUGCUGAACCCAUUUAAAAAGAUCGAUUCACAUAUUAUGGAUGAUACCGAUUUAGGAGGUCCUAUCUUUUUUGAUCUAGUAUUAGGUUUUUCAUCGUUGAUGAGUGGUAAAGUACAAUUUGGAUAUAUUUAUGGACUUGGUCUCAUUGGUUGUCUUUCGAUGUACGUCGUACUGAAUCUAAUGAGUGAGAAUGGAAUAGAUAUGUAUCGUGUCAUCAGUGUACUCGGUUAUUGUUUAUUACCAAUUGUAUUUCUUUCAUUCGUUUCACUUUUAAUUAAUAUAAAUGGACUAUUUGGAUAUAUCUUGAUUUUUGUAGCAAUAUUUUGGAGUACCUAUUCAGCGUCUAAAAUGUUUGUGAAAACGCUGACUAUGAUCGAUCAAAGAAUAUUGGUUGCCUACCCAGUAGGAUUGUUAUACACUGGUUUUGCAUUGAUCACCGCUUUCUAA